AUGGCUAAUGCUGUACGAAACAUUUCUUAUCACGUAUUUAACUAUCAUGAUAAUUGUGGCCUUUGGUGUGGAUAUGUGCAAGAUAAGGAAAACUACGACUAUAAAAUUAUACCCGGAGGAUUUGAUGAUCUACAACUGUUUGCAGCCCUUCAAGAUAUUUAUAACAAAUUGGGAGAUAAUGCCGAGAAAUAUUCUGCUGCUGCUUCUAGCAAUGCCAAUGAAAGCCUCAAUAAUACCAUGGCUAGCAAAGCUCGAAAAUCAUGUUGUUACAGCAUGAGUGCAUCUGCUGAUUUUCGAUUUUCAUGCACUAUUGGCCAAAAAAAUAUCGGAGAAGGGUAUAUCCAAGAAAUCGAAAAAGUUAAAAAUUUAUCUCCAGGAAAAUUUCUUGCGGAUCAUGUUCAGCGGGUACAGGAGAAAACAGGCAAGAAAAGACUAUUUAAAAAUCUUCUAGAAGCUAAAAGAGCACGAAUAGAUAGAAAGAAAAAGAGAACUGCCUUACGUCAUCGAAAAGGAGAUAAUGAAGGUGUCACCUAUGAGAGUAACUGUGCUCUUUUUGGCGAGCCAGCCGUACAACUGGAAGAAGAUUACUUACAAGAAGAAGAAGAAGAAGAAGACGAUGACAAUUGUAUUGUUUUAAUCGAUCUGGAAACGUCAAGUUUUAAUAUGAAUUGUGACAUAUUACAGAUUGCUGCUAAAUAUAAAAAUAAUUAUUUUUCAAGAUACAUAAAUCCUGUGCAAUCGAUUGCCCAAUCAGCUACUGACGUCCAUGGAUUAACAAAUUCUUACGGCGAACUGAUGCUUAAUGGGAUGAAAAUAUCAUCUGUACAUAUCAGAACAGCAUUAAAUGAUAUAAAAGAGUGGUUAACUUCGAUCGGGAAGAAGUGUUACAUUACUGUUCAUAAUCUAACCUUCGAUGGGCCUAGGUUGUGGAGAUCAAUUUGUAAAUAUUCAUUACUUAAGGAAUUUUCACAAGUGAUAUAUGGCUUUAUAGAUACUCUACCAGUUAUUAGAAGUGUGACUGGCCGAAAAGCUAAGAAUGAAUCUAGUCUGACUGGAUUGGCGCAUUCUCUAAAUAUUAGCACGGCUGGUGCACAUAAUGCCAAAGAUGAUUGCAAAAUACUCCAAAAAUUACAUAUAUCAAAAAAAGUAUUAUUAGAUAACUUCAAAACAUUUAAUAACAGGAUUGAUGCAUGGGAAGCGAAUAAAAAACGGAGUAUUAUUUUAGGUGGCUUGAUUCCUUUAAAAAAUGUUGGAUUGUCAAUUCGAAAACAAUUGGCUGAUGCAGAUAUUAGCAUAGAAAUACUGAAAGAUAUUUUUCAGGGCCUGAUGGAGUUAAAAAAUUACUCAACAAUAAAAUAA